UUGAGCCGAAGUGGUCUGGUGAUAUUUUCUGUGCUUUUGCGAGUUUUCUGAUCAACAUAAAUGUUGAAAUAGUUUUUAGUAAUUAUCGUCCGUUUUGUUGGCGACAGACGCGUCCAAGUAGUCCUACAAAGUUACCGGAUGUUUUCCCCUAAUUUGUGGAAAUUUCUAGCAAUGUAAUUAUCCCGCCAUGGAGGGUUUGGAGGAGAAGCUCAACGGUCUGUCCAUCGCUCUGCGGUCUCGCCCGGAGGAACCCACCUACCUGCUGGACCUCGCCCUGCAGCCGAGCGGGCUGCUGGCCGUGUCCUGCUCCAACUUCACCGUCCACCUUCACAACAAGGACACUCUGAACCUGCUGGGAGAGUAUCGGGGCCACAGAGGGCCGCUCUGUGGGGUUGUUUUCUCCCACACCUCCCCUGACCUCCUCUACUCUGGUUCUGCUGAUGGGACAGUCCGGGGGUGGGACGUCCGCCGCCCCGGGUCAGAGGCAGCCCUGCUGUUUAAAAGCGACCCGUCACACGGCUACUGUAGCGUCGACCUGAGCUGCAGCGACUCGCUCCUGUGCGCCGGCACCGAGCAGGUGAACGAUGAAGACAGCUUCCUGGUGUUCUGGGACGCCAGGAAACCGGGUGGCGGGCUUCUCGGGGUGUAUUCUGAGUCGCACAGUGACGACAUCACUCAGGUGCGCUUCCACCCUCGAGACAAAGACCGCCUGGCGUCCAGCUCCACUGACGGCCUUGUUAAUGUUUUUGACCUGAGCCGGGGGGCGGAGGAGGACGCGCUGCUGGCCACCUGUAACAGCGACUCGUCUGCCGGCUCGGUGUGCUGGUCUGGAGCAGAUUACACCCAGCUGCUGUGCCUCAGCCACGACGAGGGGCUGCACCUGUGGGAUCUGGGUCAGCUGGACACAGAGGAGCCUCUUACCGUUUUCAGCACCUCUGACGCUCGCAGCGUGACUCUGCUGGGUGACGGCGGAGGCGUGGAUUACCUGGUGGGGGGGCGGUGGCUGGAGGAGGCCCAGAAGCUGCUGGUGGUCGGAGGGAAGAACAGCGGGGAUCUCCACCUGAUGGAGUGUGACGGCGGGGGGCUUCGUCUGCUGAGGAGCCUCGUGGGCGGCCACGCCUCCACGGUGCGCUGCUUUCUGUGGGACGCAGCGGGGGAGGCUCUGAUCACCGGGGGAGAGGACGCUCAGCUGUUACUGUGGAAACCAGGAGGGGAGGAGCUCGCGACGGGGAAAAGGGAGACCACGAAGAGCGAAUCAGCUUUGAGACUCAAAUCCAGGCCGCAUAAAAAGCACGGCUACCAGAGAGAAAAGAAGCAGCAGAGCCGAGAAACUGAAUCAAAAUACUGACUCAUACUGACUUUACCGACAUUUUAUAUUCUGAGAGAAAUCACAUUUCAACUGGAAGUUUCCUCUAAACUGUUCUGUACAUAAAGAAUAUCGUGUGUACACCGUCCCCCAGGAGAGGAAAUCCUUCACACCUGGUGUUAACAUGUGGUCUGGAUGAGACAUUUGAUCCACUGGCCUUUGCUUUCACACCAGGUGUUAAUAAGUCAUCAUUUUAUCUCAGUUCUGCCCACACUGUGAUCAGAUGUCAAUGUGCAAAUGAGUUAGGUAGAGCUGCCUUAUUGGUGUAGCCUGGUGCAUCCCAUCGCAUCCGGACUGCAGUGGGUUCUCCGUGCAUUAACGCCUGCACCAGCCUGUGUUUUCCCCAAUCAGAUAUCCAGAUUCAGACCGAACAUUAGUGAACUUGUCUCAAUCCUGCACCACAGUUCUAAGCAGGUAUGAGGUACGUUGAUGCUGGAAAAGUGAAGCUUAAAUACACUCAGAGUCAGAUUAAACCAUUUGAGUUUUGAAUGAGCUCAUUUUAUGUUUUUUAGGCAAUGAACACAAAUAAAACUACGCAGGGCAGCUCCAGGAAGAUCUCAGAAAACAAAACAAAAACUUAACAUAUUUGGAAAAAGAUUUAGUUUUCUCUUUGUGAAAUAUAAUUGCCAGUGGCAGUUUGACUGACGACCACGUCCUGCGUACUCUCCUGUUGGUACAAAUCAGUACGCUACCUGAAGAAACGGGCCACUGUGAAUCUAACAGUAUUGUACUGCUGAGGUUUCUCUGAGAUUUUCAUUUUUAAAUCAAGAUUUUUACCAAAUCAAGUGUAGCGUUAGUUCAGGCAGGUAACAAGUCAAGCUCAACUGAUAGCUCAGCUGAUUCCUCUCUGAGCAUUCAUUGGCAAAUUUCAUAUAAGGUGCCUUAUUUAAGCUGCUUCCUCUGCAAACAGCUCAUAAACAGUGUUGGGCAAGUUACUUCCACAAUGUAAUACAUUAUAGAUUACUAGUUACUGUCAUUUGAGAGUAAUUAGUAAUAUUACAAUAUUGCUGUCUCUGAAUUGUAAUGCGUUACGCUACUUUUGAGUUACUGAGAUUCUGAUUCUAGCGGUGC